AUGGAAUCUAAAGAAAAAAUCCUCUCUUGCUUGAAUAUCCUUAAACGCUUGCCACCAACUCAAAUCUAAAAGAAUGCUGCAGCACUAGCAUCUUUGAUUCCAGAUUAUGCGGAGGAAUUAUACUAGAAAAUAGACAAGCCUUUAGAUAUUGGAUAGGAUGAAAAAGGGAAUCAAUAUAUAUAAUCCGAAUUCAAUAGAGAUGGAGACUCAUUCAGAUCACAUGUAACCAAUUAAUACUACCCUCAAAUUGAUGACGCAGUUUAUCCCUCAGAUGCACUACGUAAAUUAGAAAUAAAAGCCAAUGCUGUCUUUGACGAAUAUAGAAGAUUAUAUUACGAAGGAGGAUUGUCAUCAUGUUAUUUUUGGGAUAAAGAGGAUGGUGGAUUUGCUACAGCUUGGUUGAUAAGGAAAAAUGUAGAAAAGAGCAAGGGAAUUGAGGAUGGAUCUUGGAGUUCAAUUAAUGUAAUUGAUAUUAAGACCGAUGGAAAAUCUAAGUGGACUUAUAAGAUAACUACCUCUGUUGUUUUGGAAAUGAAUAUCGUCUAAAAUCAAGAUGUUGGCAAAUUCAAUAUUACAGGCACAUUAACCAAAUAAAAGGAAGAAUCUUUUGAGGCUCCUGCAGGUAAUAAGGAUUUAGAACUGUUCCACAUUAUGAAAAUAGGAACCUUAGUUGAAGACGUAGAAAGUUACCUCCGUUCUUAAUUGGAUGGUGUUUAUUUUGGCAAAACCAAAGAUAUAGUCUUCUAAACACGAUUCAUUGAAGGAGAAAAGCAUUUCAUCUAACAAAGAUAGGGAUUGGCAGGAGAAUUUAAAUAGAAAUAUGGAUGAUAUAAUUGAAUUCAAUAAUGAAUUUAUUAAAAAUAAUAUUGAACCAUUUCUAUUGACAUCUGAAAUA